ACUCUCCAAAAAAAACAUCUAUUCAAAAACUUAUCGGAAAGAAAACAAAUUUUCCUCCAAUUUCCAAAUACUUAAAACCAUUUCAAAUGGCCGACGCAAAUGACGAAGAGUUCAACAACAGCAAUGUUGUGAAUUGGAAUGCUGUGGCUCUCUGGUCCUGGAGAGUUGUCUCAGGUAUCCAGAAGGACACAUGUGCCAUCUGUCGCAAUCAUGUGAAGGAUCUGUGCAUCGAUUGCCAGGCCGAGCAGGGAACUCACGUCAAGGAGGCUUACGAGAUGUGUCCCGAGGCAACUGGGGCCUGUAGUCAUGUCUUCCAUUUGCACUGCAUUUCGCGCUGGCUGAAGAAUCAUUGGGUCUGCCCAUUGGAUUAUCGCACUUGGGAUUUCAAGAAAUGCGGAAAAGAGAAUCAAAAAUCUUAAAAGAAUUUCGUUAUUUUCAGUCUUUUAAUUUCGAUACUUUCGAAAAUAUACUCAUGUUCCAACAAA